ACAAGUCAGAGAGAGAGAGAGAGAGUAGAGACGGGCCGAGUAAAUCGGAAAGAUGACGGCGCCGAUGAUCCUGACCGGAGGCGGAUCGGCGGCGGAGAGAGACGCUCGGAUGGCACACACUGCCAUGGCGUUUGUUCAGCUCUUUAAUGGCGGAUACCAUGUGAUUACAAAAGUAGCUCUCAACGUUGGAGUCAACCAGCUUGUCUUCUGUGUAUGCCGUGAUCUUCUUGCUCUCUCUAUUCUCGCUCCUCUUGCUUACUUCCGCGAAAGAAGGAUCAGAACUCCAUUGAAUAAAAGCCUUCUCUUGUCAUUUUUCUUUCUGGGCUUAGCAGGGGUAUUUGGCAACCAAUUGUUAUUUCUUAUCGGUCUUACAUACACAAAUCCAACUUAUGCUGCUGCCAUUCAACCAUCCAUCCCGGUCUUUACCUUUCUCUUGGCUGUAAUGAUGGGUACAGAAAGAGUGAAUUUGUUGAGAAUCGAAGGUCAAACUAAGGUUGGAGGCACACUUGUGUGUGUUAUGGGUGCUGUCUUUAUGGUUCUAUUUCGAGGUCCGGCCUUGUUAGGAGAUAAAGAUGCAGACUUUGCGAUGAACAAUGAAAUCAGUGCUAAAGGUCAACCUGAGCCUACUGGGUGGUUGGUCUCUGGUUUUCUCGAUCUUGGAUUUGAGACAUGGCACAUUGGAGUUUUAUGCUUGAUUGGAAACUGCAUGUGUAUGGCUACUUUUCUUGCCAUUCAGGCGCCACUUUUGAAGAAGUAUCCGGCAAAUCUUUCUGUUGCUGCAUUAUCAUACUUCUUUGGUACAGUACUAAUGUGCACAACAGCUUUCUUUAUGGUAAAGGAGCCAUUGGAUUGGAGGCUUACACAAUCUGAGGUUCUUGCAGUUAUAUAUGCAGGAGUUAUCGCGUCAGCACUAAACUAUGGACUCUUGACUUGGUCCAAUAAGAUCAUUGGUCCUGCCUUGGUUGCUCUCUACAAUCCUCUUCAGCCCGCUGCAUCAGCUUUCCUAUCGAGAAUCUUUCUCGGUAGCCCUAUUUAUCUCGGAAGCGUUGUGGGUGGAUUCUUCAUCAUUCUAGGACUCUAUAUGGUCACUUGGGCAUCGUUUAGAGAGCGAAAAACAGCGGUUUCUGGGAUUGGGAUUGCGUCUCAUGGUCUUAAAACCUCAGAGCCUCUGAUAUUUAAUGGGACAAAGAAUGAAGAAUCUGAAGAGAUUGUUGUGCUUCUUCUGCAUUUGAUGCUAAAGACAACGGAGAAGGCAAGAGACAUGGUUUUUGGUAGGAUUACUGAACUUUUUACUGCUGCAUCGAGUCGAUUUUCAGCGGGUUCGCAAUCAUCUGUUCCGUAUAUGCCUACUGGAUCAUCAUCGGAUGUAGGAACUUCAGCGGCGGAUUCCAACAGUAUUGGGAAUGGUGGACGAAAGAAUAGUUUGAAACAUUCAGCGUCUCUCCAAGAUUUUUCUUCAUAUCAUGGGUUUGAUCCUGAAGAAUCCAUUCUUGCUCAGGAAGCUGAUUUAAGCGCUAAACGGCAAACUAUAUCAUGGGGACUAAAUGGAUCAAGUUUUUCCAAGGAAAAGGGGAGUGUCCCGAAUGGGACCAAUCCAUCUACACGCCGUAAAUGGAUCCGCGCGGUUAUGAUUGUUUUGUGCCUGUUUUUGUUUGCUUUUCUGGUGUUUAUAGUCUCCAUGUAUAUUUAUACAAACUGGUCACGGGGAGCGUCAAGAUAUUAUGUUGUGUUUGACUGUGGAAGUACUGGGACUCGUGCAUAUGUUUAUCAGGCUUCUAUAAACUACAAGAAAGAAAGUAGUCUCCCCAUUGUUAUGAAAUCUUUGACAGAAGGUAUUUCUAGAAAGAGUAAGGGUCGUGCUUAUGAUAGGAUGGAGACAGAACCUGGGUUUGAUAAGCUUGUCAACAACAGAACAGGCCUGAAAACUGCGAUAAAACCCCUCAUUCAGUGGGCAGAAAAGCAAAUCCCGAAGCAUGCUCAUAGAACCACGUCUCUCUUUGUUUAUGCAACAGCGGGUGUCCGGAGGCUUCGUCCUUCUGAUUCAAGCUGGAUUUUAGGUAAUGUGUGGUCUAUACUAGCGAAGUCGCCCUUCACUUGCCGGAGGGAGUGGGUUAAGAUCAUCAGUGGUACAGAGGAAGCUUAUUUUGGAUGGACCGCCCUUAACUACCAAACAAGCAUGUUAGGAGCCCUACCAAAGAAGGCAACAUUUGGUGCACUUGACUUAGGUGGCUCAUCAUUGCAGGUAACCUUUGAGAAUGAGGAGCGGACGCAUAAUGAGACCAACCUAAAUCUCAGAAUUGGGUCUGUUAACCAUCAUCUUAGUGCAUAUUCUCUUGCCGGAUAUGGUCUUAAUGAUGCGUUUGAAAGGUCUGUUGUUCAUCUUUUAAAGAGGCUACCAAAUGUCACUAAAUCUGAUUUGAUUGAAGGAAAAUUGGAAAUGAAACAUCCUUGCUUAAAUUCGGGAUACAAUGGACAGUACAUAUGUUCUCAAUGUGCUUCCAGUAUCCAUGGAGGUAAAAAAGGGAAGCCAGGAGUUCCUAUCAAGCUCGUUGGUGCUCCAAACUGGGGAGAGUGCAGCGCACUGGCAAAAAAUGCUGUAAAUAGCUCUGAAUGGUCAAACACAAAACAUGGAGUUGAUUGUGAUUUGCAGCCUUGUGCUCUUCCUGAUGGUUACCCUCGUCCUCAUGGUCAGUUCUAUGCUGUAUCCGGAUUCUUCGUGGUGUACCGUUUUUUUAACUUAAGUGCUGAAGCUUCCCUUGAUGAUGUCUUGGAAAAGGGCAGGGAAUUUUGUGAAAAGGCUUGGCAAGUAGCCAGAACCAGUGUUUCUCCACAACCCUUCAUUGAACAGUACUGCUUUAGAGCGCCAUACAUAGUCUCCCUGUUACGAGAAGGUUUAUAUAUUACAGAUAAGCAAAUCAUAAUUGGGUCUGGGAGUAUAACUUGGACACUUGGAGUAGCUCUUUUGGAAGCAGGGAAGGCUUUAUCUUCUACAUUGGGACUAAAGAGCUAUGAGACUCUGAGCAUGAAAAUAAACCCAAUUGCCCUUAUAUCUAUCUUGCUCUUCUCAUUGCUUCUGCUUCUCUGUGCACUAUCACGCGUCAGCAAUUGUUUGCCAAGAUUCUUUAGAAAGUCCUAUCUCCCACUUUUUAGACACAAUAGCGCCUCAGCUUCGUCUGUUCUUAACAUCCCGUCUCCCUUCAGAUUCCAGCGAUGGAGUCCUAUGAGUACAGGGGUAAAGACACCAUUGAGUCCAACAGUUCGGGGAUCACCGCGUAGGCCAUUUAGUUUUGGAAGCAGCAUACAGCUCAUGGAAUCUUCUUCAUUGUACUCAUCGAGCAGCUGCGUUAUGCAUAGUUGUUCUUCUGAUAGCUUAGGGGAUAUGCAAUAUGACAGCACUAGUUCCUUCUGGUCCUCCCCUCGCAGGAGUCAAAUGCGUCUCCAAAGCCGGAGAUCGCAAUCUCGAGAAGAUCUUAGUUCGUCACUCGCUGAUUCACACAUGCUCAAGAUGUAGGAGAAGAAUUUUUUGGUUUGGUCAAGUUGUACAGAUUGCUUCUUGUUUUUAGUCGCAUCGUUAAACUUUUUUUUUGCCUAACUGGUCUAGCGAAAAUAGAUCUAGAGGUUAGGUAAUUGGUUCUUAAGACUCGAUUACCUAGUAAAACAUUUGGUCUGAUCGAUUCAAAUUAUGUGACGAAACAAGUCUGUCUCAAUAGUUUUCAUUGCCAUAAAUGUCAAAUAUUGUU